AUGGUGUGUUAUUUUACCCUGGCUGAUAACGAUUCAACCACGCAAGGGCUAUUUGUGGAAUCAAUAUUGCUAGCAUCCGUACACAUCAUCAACCAUGCAGCUUACAGUGAUGCGGCCCUACCAAAACGUUUUGAUUUUCCUAUUGGUUCUGAAUUUUACCCUACAUUGCGAUGCAAGCUGCAGUUUUGGAUUGGGAGAACGAGUCCCUGGUGAGCGAUUGCUGCACACUAUAACCAUUACGAAAGGACCCUAUGAGCUUGAUCAAAUGAUCGAAAUGAACCUUGACUACCGCGUAAGUCCGCUGCAGAACGAGGAAAUCACCUUCAUACAGCUCGACGGUACCGCCGAUGGGGGCUGUUCCGCCCUCAUAAGCAACAGUGUGGACCGUAGAAAGCAACUGCUCGGAACAGUUCAAAGUGCCCGCCCGGUAAAAGAUUUCACCCUCACGGUGGCCAUCCACGGUAUUAUGAGAAUAAACGCACAGUAAACGCAGCAA